GUGAGGCAAGUCUCGCGAUAUUUGUUGCCGCCGGUGGGCGCGAGCCGCGGCUUGGUUCUGGCGGGCCCUUUUAGCUCUGUUUGUCGCCUGCGCCGCAUCAUUGCCUGGAACCACUGGGCCUAGUAGCAUGACGUCUGCCUUGGAGAACUACAUCAACCGAACUGUUGCUGUUAUUACUUCUGAUGGGAGAAUGAUUGUGGGAACACUGAAAGGUUUUGACCAAACCAUUAAUUUGAUUUUGGAUGAAAGCCAUGAACGAGUAUUUAGCUCUUCACAGGGAGUAGAGCAAGUAGUACUAGGACUAUACAUUGUAAGAGGUGACAAUGUUGCUGUCAUUGGAGAAAUUGAUGAAGAGACAGAUUCUGCGCUUGACUUGGGGAACAUACGAGCAGAACCUCUAAAUUCUGUAGCACACUGAGGAAAAACUACGUAUAUUGGACAUCUAAAUCUUGUACAGAAACCAGUUAUUCUGAGGAAGAUAUUUGGAAUUUUUAGAAACAUGUAAUUGUGAAUUUUGACUUCAUAUUGAUUCAGUGUAAUAUGUAAAUUAAAAUAUUUCUACAUUUUUAUUGAAAAAAUAUUUUGCCUAAAUUAUAAGUGUGGUGGCUUGGUUUUAUUUUUCUCUUAAAUUAUGUGGAAAUCUAUUGAUUCUGAAAACGUAGAAAAAAAUCAGUACUCUGAUACUUUAAUAUUUAUGAAAAACUAAUUGAAAAGAGAAAUGUUGUAUUAUAUAAAUUGUGCACACAAAUAACCUCAGUAGUGCAAGCUAUAUGUGUUUUUUUUCAUAAUUUUUUUUUUUUUUUUUUUUUUUAAGAAAGUCACUAGACAGUAUAUCUUGUCUUCUACAGGUAUUCAAGCCAUUGGCAUUUAUCCCACUGAACUAGUGGUGGUUUACCAGUACUUUAAAAAGUUGCUCCCUAGCACUCAGAGAUGUGGUUAAAAUGUCUUUAAUCUAGCAAAGAAAAAGUACUAAUAAAAUUUUAAUAAAUUGGGCCCAAAAUUAGAACUGAAUAUUAAAGAUGACCAGGAAAGAUAGGACUGAUUAAAAAGAUUGUUGGUAAAAUCCUUUGAUGGCCCACCCAAUGCAUUAGAUCUGAAAGUAAUAUGAAUAUAUUAAUAAUGAAUUUUAUAAACUGUUUUAUUUGAAAAUAUAAAUUUCAUUGUAGCUUUUAAUUUUUAAGAAUUUUAAGAUUUCUAAUAUUGAAAAUUUUACUGUUAAAUGUGGGUAUGUAAACCUUUAGUCUAAUUUGGAGCAAUGCUUGCUAUUGCCAACAACUUUCCUACUUCUCUAAACCUGAUCUCAGAAAUAAACUUGUUUUUUGAAGAAUAUGAAGAAACAAUGUAAGUAGUGUUUAGAUAAUCCAGGCUAGCCAACAAAAAUUCUUAUUAAUUCAUGUGUAGACCAAAGUGUUUCUUUGUGAUGGGAAUUAUAAAUUUACAUUUUUAGUUUGUUUUUUCUCCCCAAUGUGGAAGUGCUUAAAAUAGGGGUUGGCAAACAUUUUCUGUAAAAAUCUAUAUAAUAAAUAUUUUAGACUUUGAAGGCCAUUUGGUCUGUCACAGUUACUUAUCUGUGCUGUUGUAACACAAAAGCAGCCAUAGAUAAUGAGUAGUCCUGGCUGUGUUCCAAUAAAACUUCCUGUACAAAAACAGGCACCAGGCUGGAUAUUGCUUGAAGACCACAGUUUGGCUUAAACUACAAGAAGAGUAAGAAGAAAUAGUGGCCAAUUUGUAUAAAUUCUGUAAAGGGCUUUUGGAAUGAAUCCGUUCAAAUAAUUUAGAGGUGAGUUUCAGUCAUUUUUUAAAAUACUUAAAACUUAAGACAUGAUAGUUUGAGAUAUACAGGAACAAAGCUUAUAAGAAAAAAAGUUGGGAUGGUUUUUUCAUUUUGGUCAGCAAUCACCAUCACCCUAGAAUAACUUUAGUUGAUGUUCAGGAGGGUAAGACAUCUGGGAAGAUAAGAGAUUAACUAGUAUUGGCUAUUCCUAAAUAUUUGGCCUUUGUAGUGGUAUAAAGUUGUUAAACUUUGGAUCUGAUAUGUCUCCCAAAGUUCCUGAAUUGAAGACUUGGUCCUGGUUUCCAUGCAACAGUGUUCUUAGGUUUGGGAAAGUGACUGGAUCAUGAGGGUUCAAACCUCAUCAGUGCAUGAAUGCAUUGAUGGAUUCAUAAUGUGAUGGCAUUAUUGAGAGGUAGUGGAGCUUCAGAGGAGGAAAGUCACUGGGGGAAUUCUCAAGAAUUUUGUCCUUGUCCACUUGCACGCUAUUUCCCAGCUGCUGUGAGGUUAUCAAGUCUGCUCUACCACCUGCUCCCUGCCUUGUUUUGUCUUACCAUAGUUCCAGAAACAACGCAUCCAGCUGAACCUGGGCUGAAUUCUCUCAAACCAUGACCCAAAAUAAAUCUUUUUACCUUUUA